GACGUUUUACACCACUUGGUUGGUUUUCACUCCGACAACAUGUGUACCGGAAAAUGUUCUCAUUGCAUUGCCGUGAGUCUGUACCCAUCAGUGCUCAUAUCCAUCGCCUGUAACAUUCUGCUGUUUUUUCCCAGCUGGGACAACAAAUAUGCCAAAGAUGGGAACCUUACAGUGGAGGUGAAGUACAUGGGGGGAGUCCUCGGAGGAGGUAUACUGGUGCUGAUCACAGCCCUUUACAUCAACCUGAUUGGAGCAAAAGGAUGCUGCGGAAACCGCUUAUGGAUGUUGGUGUCGAUCUUCUUCGCCUUAGGAGGAGCAGCUGGCGGCAUGUACAGUUUCAUUGUGGCGUUCCUCGGUUUGAAGAAUGGACCCUUCUGCAAAAAUGCUGGGACAUGGAGCACACCCUUCAUAGACAGUAAUUGGACCUACCUGAUUGACUCACAGUCAUGGGAAAAAUGCACAGAGCCUCCAAACGUGGUGCGGUUCAACGCGGGACUGUUCAUGACUCUGAUGGUCAUCAGCAGCCUGCAGGUGUUGCUCUGUGCCAUCCAGGUCAUCAACGGCCUCCUCGGCUGCCUGUGUGGAACCUGCAGCCGUAAAGAGGAAGUAUGAAGUCCUGUUCAGGAAAUGUCUGGACAUUUGGGAACUGCAACUAAAGAGCAAAAUGGCCUCCCUUAAAAAAAGUCUGAUCUGCUUUCAGCAUUUGGUGUGAGACUAAUGUUGAUAAAACAAAAGGUACUGGAUAUUUGUGGGACUGCAAUGACCUCCCAACACAAUUGAAGAUGGAUAAAGAGUAUAAACAGGGGAAUUUAUGUGGCAAAAAUAUAUAUUGCAUUUCUGUUUCAUUACCAGCAGUGGGGCUACCUGCUUUUGGCUUCUUGUUUGGCGUGGGCAACUUAAGCAGAACGUUUCAGUGUCACUUUUUAUCAAGAAAAUUACAUAUUGUUUACAUGGAAAAUAUACAAUCUUAAAUUAGAACAACAUAUUGUAUUUUUAUAAGAAAAAUAAGACAAGAAUUAAAGUAAAUAAUCCUAUAUACUCAAAAGUUGACUUGGAUUUCAUGUCUGUGUUAAAAUGAGAAACAUGAUAAAACCUGACCUUGAACACAACAUCGUGGUAUGUGUUGUAUCGUCAGAUGAUAAUACUGUUGCAUUCCCAUGUAUGUUUAUUUCAUAAUGCACACUGCAACAAUGUACAACAAGAUGUGGGGAAAACAAAUUUAAAGAAAAUUCAUGUUAAUCAGAAAUGCCUAUUUUUUCACAUCUUGUGUUUUUCUAUUACACUGCUUCAGCUGCAGCUACAUAUAUAUCUUUUUACUUACUGUACUGUUCAGACAAAACAAUAACAAGAAUAAAAAGCUUUUCCUUUCCUGUAAGUGUCUAAUUUAAUGUGCUGUGAAGGAAUUCUAUUCAGUGUUUAUUUAUGUUUUAUGUUAUUUACCAAAACCGUUUCAUUGGCUGGUCAUCUGUAUGUUUCUUGAUCUUGUGA